GCCGUGCGUGGAGCUGAGCCCAGCCAGAGCGGGGUGCCGGCGUGCCGGCAGCCGCCGCUAUCGCAGCACGCAUGGGGCGGGGGUGGCCGGGCCCCCGCGCGGCGUGAGCGGGGCCGGCGGGCCGCUGGGGCGAGCGAGCUCCCACCCGGUCAGGCGGCCCGCCCUGGGCCGGGGGCGCCCCUGAGGGGGCGGGGAGCCGCGGCGCCAUGCAGUGCGCGGACCCCACGGCGGCCAUGAAGGGGCCAGAGGGCGAGGGCAAGCCGGAACAGCAGCAGCCUCAGCCUCCUGUGGCGGCAUCGGCGGCGGCGGCGGGACAGAGCGGCGGCAAGAGUGGCAGUGGUGGUGGCCGCGGCGCCAAGGGCUGGCAGUACAGUGAUCACAUGGAAAAUAUUUCUGGCUACCUAAUGAAAUAUACCAAUCUUGUCACUGGCUGGCAAUAUAGAUUUUUUGUUUUAAACAAUGAUGCUGGCCUGCUGGAGUACUUUGUGAAUGAGCAAUCUAGACAUCUAAAGCCCAGGGGCACCCUGCAGCUUGCUGGAGCUGUGAUUUCACCCAGUGAUGAAGACUCUCAUACCUUUACAGUCAAUGGUGCCAGCGGGGAGCAGUAUAAACUGAGAGCUACUGAUGCUAAAGAACGACAACACUGGGUUAGCAGGCUACAGAUAUGCACACAGCAUCACACGGAAGCCAUUGGAAAGAACAACCCUCCUCUGAAAUCUCGCAGCUUCUCUCUUGCAUCCCAAGGAAGUGCCAACUCUCCUGGUGUGCAAAGAAGACCCAGUCAGAAUGCAGUUUCUUUUUUCAACGUUGGGCAUCACAGGUUGCCAACUGGAAAAAGAGUACCUAUUAUGCAACCAGAUCAUCUUGUAGAUGUUAGAGAGAUGAUGUCUCAGGCUGAGGGCCAGCAGAGAGACUUGAUCAGGAGCAUAGAAUGCCUGCCUGUCUCCGGUCACCUUACAUCCUUGGAUCAAGACCUAUUAAUGCUCAAAGCAACUUCCAUGGCAACGAUGAACUGCUUAAAUGACUGUUUCCACAUUCUCCAGUUACAACAUGCUUCUCAACAAAAGGGAUCCUUACCAGCAGGAACGACGAUCAAUUGGUUGGAACCGAAGAUAUCUCUGGCAAACCACUUCAAAAAUGGAGCAGCUCAGAAUUUCCCAGCAGAGAUAAACAAGCCAGCAUCUGUCAGAGAAGAGCAGUCCAUUGCAGAGCCCUGCCAGCUAACAAGGGAACCUGAAGAAAUAAAUUCAGAUGAGGAGCUGGAGGAUAUCUGCGAUGAUAAAGAAGAUGAUCUGGGAGCGGUGGAAGAACAGCGCAGUGUUAUCUUGCAUCUCUUGUCUCAGCUGAAACUUGGCAUGGACUUAACAAGAGUGGUUCUUCCCACUUUCAUUCUGGAGAAGCGCUCGUUGUUGGAGAUGUAUGCAGACUUCAUGUCCCAUCCAGAUCUCUUCAUUGCCAUCACAAACGGCAGUACCCCCGAGGAGAGGAUGAUUCGCUUCGUGGAGUAUUAUCUCACUUCGUUUCACGAAGGCCGCAAAGGAGCCAUCGCGAAGAAACCCUACAACCCAAUCAUCGGGGAGACCUUCCACUGCUCCUGGAGGAUGCCAAAGAGCCACGUAGCCACGGAUGUUGGCAGUAACUUACCUGCUCACUCCACCUCAGAACAAGUAACUCUGUCUAAAGAUCCAGAAGGCCAAAAAGAGCUGGACUACUAUACAGUAAAAUUUGUAGCCGAGCAAGUGUCCCACCAUCCUCCUGUCUCAGGGUUUUAUGCUGAAUGUGUAGAGAGAAAGAUGUGUGUCAAUGCCCAUGUCUGGACAAAAAGUAAAUUCUUGGGAAUGUCAAUAGGAGUGACAAUGGUUGGUGAAGGUCUCUUAAGUCUCUUGGAACAUGGGGAAGAAUACACCUUCUCUCUGCCCUGUGCAUAUGCUCGGUCCAUUUUGACUGUUCCCUGGGUGGAGCUAGGAGGAAAAGUCAACAUCAACUGCGUGAAGACCGGGUAUUCUGCGAGCAUUAACUUCCACACCAAGCCCUUCUACGGUGGCAAGCUGCAUCGAGUCACAGGUGAAGUGAAGCAGAACAUUACAAACACAGUGGUGUGCAGAGUGCAAGGAGAAUGGAACAGCAUGCUUGAGUUCACCUACAGCAACGGGGAGACAAAAUACGUGGACUUGACAAAGCUGUCUGUGACACGAAAACGAGUCCGGCCCCUCGAGAAACAAGGACCAUUUGAAUCUAGGAGGCUGUGGCAGCACGUAACAGAGUCUCUGCGGGAUGGAGACAUCGAUAAGGCUACAGAGCACAAGCGAGCCCUUGAGGAACGGCAGAGGAGUGAAGAGAGGCUGCGUGCUGAAACAGAAACACCUUGGUGUACUAAAUACUUCCUUAAAGAAGGAGAUGGCUGGGUUUAUCAUAAACCCCUCUGGAAAACAGUCUCUGCUGCACAAACUCAGCAAACGGACACUAACUAGAAAAGCUGCUUUCAGAUGAGUUUUCUGAUUUCCCUCUCCUCUUCCUCUGUCUCUCGAAACACAGUAAUCACACUGAGUGUCCCCUUUUUAUGUCCUUGUGGAAGUUUAAAUGAGCAUAAAGAAAUAAGUAUACUAGGGCACUUUAAAGCUAUUAAAAGGAAAAAAAAGAUACUAAC